CACCUCUCUCUCUCUUUUGUUUUCUAAUUUGCUUCAAGAGGUUUUGGAUAGUGUUGCAGAGAGAUUUUAACUAAUGGGUUUAUAAAAAUUUGUUCUUUUGCGUGAACAAGUUGUCAACUUUUAGACAAAUUUUCAUUUGAAGUGUUUUCUUGUCGAAAUUCUUCUUCUUUUAGUCAAAGAACGCAAAGAUUAAUGGAGGGUUAUUCAAGAAACGGUGAAAUCUCUCCGAAGCUGCUUGACUUGAUGAUUCCACAAGAGAGAAGAAAUUGGUUUCACGAUGAGAAAAACUCUGUUUUCAAAACAGAGGAGAAGAAGCUUGAGCUAAAGCUUGGACCACCUGGUGAAGAAGAAGAUGAUGAUUCAUCGAUAAUAAGACACAUCAAGAAAGAACCAAAAGACAAAUCUAUCCUCUCUCUCGCUGGCAAACACUUCUCUCCUUCUUCCACCAAAACCACAUCCCAUAAAAGAACUGCUCCUGGUCCAGUGGUGGGAUGGCCUCCGGUUCGAUCAUUCAGAAAGAAUUUAGCUAAUGGAAGCUCUUCAAAGCUUGGAAAUGACUCAACCACUUCCAAUGGUGUUUUCCUCAAGAACCAAAAGUGUGAUGAUGAUGUUAAGACAAUGGAACCAAAGAGACAAGAAGGCAUGUUUGUGAAAAUCAACAUGUAUGGUGUUCCCAUUGGUCGUAAAGUUGAUCUCAGUGCUCAUAAUAGCUAUGAGCAGUUGUCUUUCACUGUUGACAAGCUCUUCAGAGGUCUUCUUGCAGCUCAAAGAGACUUAUCAUCAUCUAUAGAAGAUGAAAAACCAAUCACUGGAUUAUUGGAUGGGAAUGGAGAAUAUACUCUUACUUAUGAAGACAAUGAAGGAGACAAGAUGCUUGUAGGAGAUGUUCCAUGGCAAAUGUUUGCAUCUUCAGUGAAGAGGCUGCGGGUGAUUAAAAGCUCUGAGAUUUCUUCAGCAUUAACAUAUGGAAAUGGUAAGCAAGAGAAGAUGAGAAGAUGAAGAAAAAGAUCUUUUACAGCUUUUAAAAGAAGUAGAGAAAUGUUAUUAAUUGCAUUUUGCCUUUAAACUUUGAUCAGUUUUUGGUCUUGAUAAGUCUGAUGUACAUUCUGGUCUGUUACAUCUUCUUUUGGCUUUUGAGAUAUCAUAGAGUUUUGUUGGAACUCAAAACCAAACAGUGCAAUGAUGAUUUUGGGUCUUGAGUAAAUUUACAAACCCUUU